AUGAUACCUGCUCCAACUGAUAUAAGUCGGCCAUCAUCAAUGUCAGUUACAACCGUUGGUGCUACAGGAUAUUCAAGUUCUUGUAUUCUUAAAUCAUUAACACCGUCAUCUGCUAGUGAUUUCGGUACCUCUAAACAACGACCACGACUCGAUCUUGAUGGUUUUUCUUAUGUUAGGGAUCGAAUAACCAGCGACAAAAUCUAUUGGCGAUGCAUCAAGUACAAGUCUGAUCACUGCCAUGCUCGAUUACAUACUUGUCUAGAAUUCAAGACAAUUCUCAAACACCCUAUCGAUCAUAUUUGUAAAUUUGAUGCUACUGAAAAUCAAGUACGCCAAUUCUCUCAACAAGUCACUGCUCGUGCACUUAAUACUCAAGAAAAUCCUGAUGUAAUUGUAACUAAUUGUUAUAAAGAGCUGUCUGGUCCAUCACUCGCUCGUCUUCCAGUUCGCAACAACAUCAAGCGACGAAUUCGAAUGCUUCGUCAAAACAACCAGAUCGUCAAGGAACCCAAUGACCCCCAAUUUCAAUCUGUUCCAACACAACUCACCCUCAAUCAUCGCCAGGAACAAUUUCUCCAGUGCGAUACUGGCCCUGGCGAUGAUCGAAUUCUUAUCUUCUCAAGUCCUGAACAACUGCAUGUACUACUAACUUCACAAGAUUUUCUAGUUGAUGGGACGUUCAAAGUAGUUCCAGAGAUCUUCUACCAGCUGUUUAUUAUUCACGCGGUUUAUCGUCAACAUACUGUUCCCGUGGUUUAUGCGCUGCUACGAAGAAAAGACGCGGGUACCUAUACUCGUUUAUUUGAUGAAAUUGUAAAAAUUGAUCCUAAUUGGUUACCGGCAUCGGUAAUGAUGGACUUUGAACAAGCGUUAGUUAGCUCUCUUAAGAAGAAAUUUCGUUCUGUUUCACUUUCUGGCUGUUACUUUCAUCUACGUCAAAUUAUUCAUCGAAAAUUGCAGAGUCUCGGACACCAAGCUCAAUGCCAAACAGAUUCAACGUUCUCGCAUAACAUCCAUAAAAUUGCGGCGUUGGCUUUUCUUGAUCCAAACUCUACACUCAAUGGCUUCGAACCAUUCUGUGAACAAUUAGACGCCCAAUAUGAUAAUAUCCUUGACUAUUUCGAGGAAACUUAUAUAGGUAUGCCAUUAAUUCAUUAA